ACUUCCUGUUUGAAUAAGUUCACAUAUUCAUUCAAUCUAUCAACCUUUGAAAUUACAGAUGAAAAUUAUCAUAAAUUUAGAAGCAGCUGUAUGAUAUGUUCAGAGUGAAUGCUAUCAUGGUUACGUGGCUUGUUUGGAAUGUUCUGUUAGUCCAUGUAUUCUGUCAAGGGAACAAACCUUCAAUAGUGGUGACACCAUAUCAGGCUACACGUUAUGGUACUUCAACAAUUGUAAUCCAAUGUACCGUGUCGUCAUCACCUGUCGCUACAUCAGUUGGCUGGAAAAAGGUUUCAUUAAUUGACGGUACUUCACAAGAAAUAGAUUCACAACAUCAUUAUGAGAGCUAUCAAAUGGCCGAUUCAAUGGUUAAUCCCCAUUUGACCAUCACCAAUAUAGCAUUUUCUCAUCAAGCUGACUAUAUUUGUUUUGCAACAAAUGAGGCUGGAACAGGACAAAGUAAUUACGGAAGAAUAAAUGUUACUAUCGAUAUACCAUCUGUAACUGUGACACCAGAAAUACAGUUUCCAUUCGAGGAUACCUCAAAGAUAAUAAUCAAGUGCUAUAUCACGUCAUUACCAACUGCCUCCACUGUUGGUUGGCAAAGGACAUCUUUAGAUGGUUAUUCAACAGUAACAAUAGUUGUGGCUAAUAGUAAUGGCAAAUAUCACGUGGACAAUUCAUUGGAAUAUCCGCAUUUGACCAUUAAUGAUAUCUCAUUAGCAGAUGACGCUUAUUAUGCAUGUUUUGCAAUCAAUGAUGCCGGCAAGGGAAUAAGUAAUAGAUCUAGGGUUGAUGUCCUCAAAUCACCACUAGCUGUAAGUGUACCAGUAACAGAAUAUUCAGCAUCAAUUGGGUCUAGAGUCACUUUGCAGUGUUCGAUUACUUUAGGCACUGCAACAGAAGUAAAGUGGCUUAAAAACAACAACAUAAUUAUGAUGACUGCUAGAUUAUCUGAAGGAAACGUAAAGUCUCCGUCAUUGACUAUAAAUUCAGUAGAACAAGGGGACUUAGGAUAUUAUGUCUGCCAUGCAACUGACGGAGUAAGGAUUGUGAAUUCAGAUGACAUACUUCUAAUUCCUUCAGAUGUACGAAUGAGAGUUGAAGUACCCGUUACUCAAUAUUCUCCUACUUUAUUAUCUAAUGUAAAACUACAAUGUGAAGUAACAGGAAGUGCGACAUCUGUAAAAUGGUUUAAAAAUAACAACCUUAUUGUAAUAGCUAACAAUCCAAGAUAUUCUGGUGGUAAUUUAAAUUCCCCAUCUCUGACGAUCAUUUCUGUAAAGGAAGAUGACUUUGGAUACUAUACGUGCCAGGUAACCAAUGGCGUUGAUAUUCUAAAUGCUGACCAAAUAGCUGUGUUACCUAAAGGCAUUCCACCAGUUGUUUCUGUUCCACAACAGUUGUCUGCACCGAUUAUAGGACAACAGUUCAUUAUUCCUUGCACUACAGAAUCAACCAGCAGUUCUCUGAAAGAAAUACAGUGGAUACGUAUAGAUUUUAAAGGAAAAAUAAUUGACCCGAUAAUUACAUCUUCACAGCAGCCAAUAAAGUACCAAGGUUCUAUUGUCGAUAAUCCAUCACUUGUAAUACACGAUUAUCAGUCUUCUGACGAUGGACGCUAUAGGUGUCGUGCUAUAAAUAACUGGGGAAGUUCUGUCAGUGAUGCAGUUUUGGUUACGACUGAAAGUAAGUGA